GGAGUUGCUCUGCUCCUGUCAUGCAUUGGAAUGAGAAAGCCGGAGUGUGAUACGAUGCAGAGGAGUUGAAGUUGCCAAACAUUUUUUUUUUCCGUUUGUUCGUUUGCUUGUUUUGAAAGAAUUCGCGUUCCAAGGUGGAAUACUGUACUACGUUGAGGCAGACUCGCCUUGCCGUCGGUGCAUUGGCCGAAGGGGCUCAUUCUCCCCGCUUGAUGGGAAGGGCGAAGCGGAAAAAAGGGGGAAAGCUCUCCGCUCAGCUCGUGCGCCAAGCCGAACGCUUGUCGCGGCUGUCUUUUUGCGGGUAAAAUGUAGUAGGAAAUCGGAGCAUGUAAAAGGAAAGCCACCGCUGCGACCCGAGCUGGACACUAAGCGCGAUAUGUCUAAAGUGAUGGCAAGUAAGAGCGUGGAAUGGCUGCAAGUGGAGUUGGAAUCGGGCGCCACUUCGGUGCUCCUGCUCGACUGCCGCGCACACGAGCUGUACGAGUCGUCUCACAUCGAAGGCGCCAUCAGCGUGGCCAUCCCGGGCCUGAUGCUCCGCAGGUUCAAGAAGGGCAACAUCCCCAUUCGGACCAUCAUUCCCAACCACGAGGACAAAGAGAAUUUCACCAGGCGAUGUCAAACAGACACGGUGGUCCUGUACGACGAGAGCACCGUCAGCUUGCCGGACAGCGGAACCCCGUCGUCCGUUUUGGGUUUGCUUCUUCAAAAACUGUGGGAAGAUGGCUGCAAAGCGCACUACCUGGAAGGUGGCUUUGUAAAAUUCCACACCGAAUACCCAGAACACUGUGAGACGCUCCUCGACAACUCCUGUCCGAGCUCCUCUCCUCCACUCUCUUUUCUGGGUUUUGGAAAUUUGCGGAUCAGCUCCGAUUGUUCCGAUGGGGAAUCUGACCGAGAACCCAGCAGCGCCACGGAGUCAGAGGAGAGCCCCCUCCCCAUCAAUCAGCCUGCCUUCCCGGUCCAGAUCCUUCCUUACCUUUACCUGGGCUGUGCCAAAGACUCCACCAACCUGGAUGUGCUGGGCCAAUACAACAUCAAGUACAUCCUGAAUGUCACACCCAAUCUCCCCAACAUGUUUGAACAUGACGGGCGCUUCAGGUAUAAACAGAUCCCCAUUUCGGACCACUGGAGUCAAAAUCUGUCGCAGUUCUUCCCAGAGGCAAUAUCAUUUAUAGAGGAAGCUCGGUCCAAGCAGUGCGGCGUCCUGGUGCACUGCCUGGCCGGCAUCAGCCGCUCCGUGACCGUCACGGUGGCUUACUUGAUGCAGAGACUCAACCUGUCGCUCAACGACGCCUACGACUUUGUCAAGCGGAAGAAGUCCAACAUUUCCCCCAACUUCAACUUCAUGGGUCAGCUGUUGGACUUUGAGCGGACGCUGCGGCUGCACAGUCCCUGCGACAACCGCGCCACCAGCCAAGAGCAGCUCUUCUUCACCACGCCAACCAAUCACAACGUCUUUCAGCUGGACCCACUGGACUCCACAUGAACCCUCUUCAACGUCGGCGCUGGCUGGUGGUUUUAGCUGGUCAGUUUCCUGACUUCUCUGCGGCUUUGGCAGAGGACAAGCCAUAUUUGAGUCAGUGUCGGAUGCCUUAUUAUGUGACGCCAGGAAAAAUGUGUUAAUCGAUACGCGACAGUAAUACGUGGUCAUGUACCGCUAUCAUAGCCAGAACACGUUCAAAUGCUUCUGUUGAGAUUCUCUUUGACUGUUGUUUUUUUUAAUUAGCUUUAUUUGAAUUAGUAAUGACUGCUGCUUCAAUGGUCUUAAUAGUCUUUGUCAAUCCGAAUGUUUUGUAACUGAGGGAAAAUAAGCUAUUACAGUCACCCGGCCUUGAAUUUCUGUCCAAUUUCUUAAUUCUGUUGGCAAACAAACUGCCAAGUUCUUAUAUUUGUGUUAACAACAGGAAGGUAAAUGUACGCGGCUGCAUACUAGAAAAUGGCAUUUGAUUGGUAUUUGAUUGUCGCUCACAUUUGCAUGAUUGUGUUCCUUCAUGUUUUUUUGGUUAUAUUUUCAAACUGAAAUAACAAACUUGACCUUGGGUAAGUGGACCAAGUGUCUUUUAACGAAAGCCGAACACAAUCACUGACACUCAAACGCGUAACGGAUGAAUAUACGCCUCCUUCUCCAGCACGACGACGUUUAAGGGAAACGUGACGGCGCUUAAUCAGCCGUCCGCUUGCCCCUCGGGCCUCCCAGCUCACGAGCGAGACUGACACACGAGGAUGAGUGAAAGUCGGACUAAUGUUUUCUUACCUCACUGAGAGCUCUCUUUCAGGGAUUUUUGUAGGCAUCUCUAUUACUUCACGCUCUCUCCAAGUGCAUCAAAGGGCUGUUUUGGUUGUUUGUAAACAUGUACAUACGGUAAAUGGUUACGGGCGACCCUUUUCUCAAGAAUAAUGAAGGAUCGAACAGUGACCUGAUUCUGACCUUUAUGUAAAGUGUAUGUUUAACUCAAAUGUCCAAAGUAUUCUGUACACGUUUGUAUAACAAAUAUAUUGUAUAUUUUUACUUGAA